AUGGAAAACGUCGAAGCUGGCCGGAAUGCUGCUUCGGUGUCUGUUAAACUGCCGGAAUUCUGGAGGACAGAUCCAGAAAUGUGGUUUGCGCUGGCAGAGGCUCAAUUCAUUUUGGCAAACGUAACCAAAGAUGACACCAAGUUCUACCAUAUUGUGGCAAAAGUUGAUCAAACAGUGAUAUGCCAUAUCGCAGAUUUAGUAUCGAAUCCUCCAGCAGACCAGAAAUAUCAGGCGCUAAAAGCACGGCUAACAUCUCGAUUUGCACUAUCCCCGCAGGCACGACUCGAAAAGUUGCUAGGAGCAGCAGAUCUAGGAGACAUGCGUCCUACACAUCUGUUGGCAAAAAUGCAGGAGGUUUCCGCCAGUCUGAAUGUAAACGAGGAGCUACUAAAAAUGCUGUUCUUGAAAAGAAUGCCACCCAACAUUCGCCCUGUUUUGACAAUUAGUGAUGGAUCUCUAGCUAAAAUAGCUGAAAUGGCUGAUAAGUUGGUAGACGAACCUCAAGCAGCGGCUGUUUCAACAUCAUCCUCGUCUAAUGCUAUGGACGAAAUCGACUAUUUAAAAGAGCAGGUGGAAGUUCUUAGUGCUGAAAUACGUCGACUAAAGCUGAAUCCAGUUCCUGGUAGAAGCCGGUCGUCGUCACGGUCCCGAAACUCUAACGUUUUGUGCUGGUACCACCAGAAGUACGGCGAUAAGGCUCAACAUUGUAAGCAGCCUUGCAACUUUCGUUCAAAAAACUAG